GUUAAGGGAAGCAGUGCAGAAUGGAGACAUGGAAACGUCACAUGGGAUCUGCCGCAUCGCUGUUGCCCUUGGUGAAAACCACUCCAGGGCUCUGUUGGAGCAGGUGGAGCAUUGGCAGGGGUUCCUGGCACUGGUGAACAUGAUCAUGUUCUGCACUGGCAUCCCUGGGCACUACCCAGUCAACGAGACCACCAGCUCCCUCACCCUCACCUUCUGGUACACACUACAGGAUGAUAUCAUGUCGUUCGAGGCAGAGAAGCAGGCGGUGUAUCUGCAGGUGUACAGGCCUGUGUACUUCCAGCUGGUGGACGUGUUGCUGCACAAGGCCCAGUUCCCCACGGACGAGGAGUACGCCUCCUGGUCCUCAGAUGAGAAGGAGCAGUUCAGGAUCUACAGGGUGGAUAUCUCUGACACCCUGAUGUACGUGUACGAGAUGCUGGGAGCCGAGUUGCUCAGUAACCUUUAUGAUAAGCUGGGCAGGCUGCUGACUAAUCCAGAACAGCCAACAUCCUGGCAGCACACCGAGGCUCUACUGUAUGGGUUCCAGUCUAUUGCAGAGACGAUAGACGUGAAUUACUCUGACGUCAUUCCAGGCCUGAUUGGCCUCAUCCCCCGGAUCAGCAUCAACAACGUCCAGCUGGCGGACACAGUCAUGUUCACUAUCGGUGCCCUGGCGGAGUGGCUGGCUGAUCACCCUGUGAUGCUGAGCAGUGUGCUCCCCCUGGUGCUGCAGGCCCUGGGCAACCCUGACCUGUCCGUGUCCAGCGUGUCCACGCUCAAGAAGAUCUGCCGCGAGUGCAAAUACGACCUGCCCCCCUACGCCACCAACAUCGUGGCAGUCUCACAGGAAGUGCUUAUUAAACAGAUCCACAAGACGAGUCAGUGUAUGUGGCUGAUGCAGGCUCUUGGCUUCCUGCUGUCUGCGCUCCCGGUGGGGGAGAUCCUGAGCAACCUGCACUCCCUCAUCACGCCCUACAUCCAGCAGCUGGAAAAACUGGCCGACGAGACGGUAAGGCCCGCAACCACCCCACCCUGAUGAUGUCACUCUUAACCCCCCAAACGCUC